AUGGGUUAUACAGCUACAGCUCCACCUCAAUCACAAGUUGCAAGACAUCCAGUGAUUCAAGGUUUGAUCGAUUUUUUGCAAAGUCCAUUCUGGAUUAACCCAAUUCAAAGUUUUAUCGAUGAAAAUUGUCUUGUAUUUGGAGGUGAAGACGAAAAUUGUUUAGAACAUACAAGUGUUCAUGAAAAGUUUAGAGAAUUAAUUGAAAACUUGCUCGAAUUCCUUGUCGGAGAGAUGAAUCUGAGUCAUGAAGAUUUCAUCAAGGCUCUUCAAUCAGAAACCAAUGAUGAAACACUCGGACAAGCUCUUGAACACAUUAUGGCUAUGGAUGACUUUUUGAGUUUCAAAAAGAUUAUGGAGAGAAGAAAUUUACAAUUGGAAUAUGAAACAAUAGAGGAAAUGAAAAAGAGUACCGAGCCAACAACAUCUGAUGAGUCUAAUGAAGAUGAAGAACUUCAAAGAGUGUUGGAAUUAUCUAAGCAAGAGCAUGAAGAAAAUUUGAAAAGAGAAAAAUCCGUCUCUGAAAGAGAAGAGUAUGAAAUGGCUGUCGGAGCUUCAUUAUCAGAACAAGAAAAGUACUUGCAAGAAAGUCAAAGAAGACUCGAACAAGCUGAACUUGAAAUGGCUAUUGCCAUCUCCUUGUCACUCCAAGAAGAACAAAAGAGAAGAGAAAUGGAAGAAGAAGCUGAAACACUCAGAGUUCAACAAAUUGAAGAAGAAAGAAGAAGACAAGAUGAGGAAGAAGAAAAGAAACGCCAAGAGGAAAGAAGAUUGGAAGAAGAAAGACAAACGAAACUUCUCCAACAAGUCAUGGAGGAGGAAGAAAGAAGAAAGCUUCAAGAACAACUUGAAAGAGAAAGAAAGGAAAGAGAAGAACAAGAAAGAAUCAAGAGAGAAGAGGAACGUUUAAGACUCGAACAAUUGAAGAGAGAAGAGGAAAUGAGAAGAGAAGAACAAAGAAAGUUGGAAGAAGCUAGAAGAAUCGAGGAAGAAAACAAGAGAAAGGAACAAGAGCAAAAGCUUUUGGAAUUGAAGAAACAAGAAGAAGAAUCCAAAAAGGUUCCUGAAGUCAAACCAGAAACUUUCAACUUUAAUUUCAGAACCACCAGUAAAUCUGAAAAGGAAAUUAAGGAAGAAUUAGAUAGAAUUCAAAAGGAAAGAGAACUUCUCCAAAAAUUAAUGGCUGAAAAGGAAAAGCAAAAAGAAGAAACAGCUGCCAAGAUUUUGGCUAACAAUACUACUCCUGAAAGUGCAACCAUCAAGAAAGAAAUCAAGGAGGGUAAGGAGAGGCUUGUUGAAAAGAAAAAGCAAGAAAGAGAAGAAAGACUUAAAGAAUUCAAGAUGAAGCUCACCUUGAAGAAGAUUAACACAACUGACAAUAGUCCAAAAUCAGUCACAGCUUCUCCAACAUUCUCAAGCUCUGCUUCCUCACCAGUUUCAUCUGUUGACAUUACUACUCCAAAAAUCUCAAAGCCUAUUGUUUCUCCAAUUGUCGUUUCUGCUACCACCUUCACCGAAAGCCCAGUUCAAACACCAAAGAGUGAUUCAUCAUCCGAUGAUAGUGAUUCAAAGAAGAGAAUGAUUAGAGAGGCUCUUUCAAAGAGAGUCAAGGACGAUCUCCUCAGACAAUCUCAACCAAUUUUGGAGCAGCCAAAAACAACUCAACAACAAUCUCAAGCACUUCCUGUACAAAAUAAUGAUCACUUGCGAUCACUCCUUAAUAAUGUUGUUAGAAACUUGAAAAAGACUGUGGAUGAAGAAGAUUUCCACUUUUCUGAAACCAAGUAAGUCAAUAAAGAAUGAGAUGAUCUUUAUUUC